AUGGAUAUUCUGUGCGAAGAAACAGGUGUAGAAGCUGCAGAUGGGAUCAAGGUGACAAAGCACGAUGAUAAGACAGAUGAAACGUUCCAAAAAUUCGAAGAACAGGUUGACCAACAUCUCCAAAAGACUUCGAAGGCUAUAAUGGGGUUCAUUCAGGAUAAAAAUGGUUUGAACAUACAAAUUCCGGAGAAUUUAGGCGAUACCGUGUCUUCAAGAGCGCAGGAAAUGCUGGGGAAAUUGGAUAACAAUUUAGAGAAAGUGGAGGAAUUGACACAAGGGUAUUGGAAUAAAAUGUCGAACAAAUCAUUUUGGUCUUCAAUGGCGAACUCUAUUUCCACUCAGUUCCAGGAGGCUCUUGACUUGGAUGGUAAUGCACAAAAGAAAGAAAGCGAAAGUUCCAGUGAAUCUAUUGCUGAGACUAAAUUGAGACAACUCUCUAUUGACAAAUCCAUUUAUUUGGAUUUCAACACCGACCUUUUGAAGGGUGUUGAUGGUAAUGAUGCAACUCCAAAAUUGGAAGAAAAAUCUGCAGAGAUAUCAGAUCUUCUUUCGAAGGAUAAAGAUCUCAAGUCAUUGCAUGAUGAUCUAGUUCCAUCAAAGAUAACUGAUGAUAUAUUUUGGACUAUUUACUUCGUAAAGAAGUCCGAAAUUCUGAAUCUAGCAUCAAAGAAGCGUGAAAUACUUGAUGUCAAGAAAGAACACGAUAAAGAACAACAGAUUGGCUGGGAUGAUGAGGAAGAAGAUUCCACCGAGGAAAUUAUUCCUUCAUCUCAUUCCAAAGUAAAAUCUUCUUCUGUCGAAAAAGAUUCCGACAAGAAUACCACGUCCUCUAAUCUUUCUAAAACAGACAAUGCUGAGGAAGAGGACGAUGAUGAUGAUGACUGGGAAUAA